CCAUCUGCUCCACACAACCCACCACCACCACCCCCGAGCUCCACAUUCGCCGAAUCAACACCAGGCUGCCAGUAUUACUCCUUUACAUACACUCACAAAGUGUCGAAUCGCCCUCGUCAAUUGUCCCUGGGCAUCCUCCUCACCUAUUCUGACAGCCCAGUCUCCGCUCCAGCCCCUUGGCGACUCUCCCACCUUCGCUAAACAUGGCUACCUCCGAAGCUACCAUCAGAAAGAUACAUGCGGACAUCGUCUCUAGCAAACUCCCAGCAAACGUCUCGGCGAAAUGGACAAUCUUUUCUGCGGCGCGGGGCCUGAAAGUCGAAGAGGAUUACGACGGCAAUAUGGUUAGAGAGGGCGACAUUGACGCCUUCGUCAAAGACUAUUCCAGCCCGGACUACGAAGGGUCUAUUCUGUUCGCUUUGGUUAAACUGGCCAUACCAAACACGCAGCCUGUCGCCGAAAAAUGCGCUUUGGUUGAAUGGUGCGAUACCAACGCUCCUCCUCUAUUGAGAAACAACUUUUUUCCGGGACAGUCGAAUGCGCUCAAGAAACUUCUGCCGGGCUAUAAUGUACCAAUGGAGAUCCGCACCCGUGAAGACCUGACGGCGGAAGAUGUCCUUCAGAAAGUAGGUGGUGCAGCUCCUCAAGCUGGUGCGCGCGGAGCUGGAGGUCCCCCACCGCCUGUCGCAAGCAAACCCGUCGUCAGCAGGCCUACUCGUGUUGCUGGAGGUGGGUCUGGGUUCAACCCACUCGGAUCUGGGGUCCGAGCUGCGUCUCAAAGAGGAGAUGUUGAUAAAGACGGCUGGGGAGCAGAUGCUCCACCUGUUACACGGUCGCAAUUAGAAAAAGUAGAAUCUGCAUACAAGCCUACAAAAGUCGAUCUUGGCACCAUGCGGCGGUCUGAGCAAGAGCCAUCAAGAUAUAUCACGCCGCAACGGGAUGACACACCAAGCGACGUGGUUCGAGGUGGUUACCAACCUAUUGGGAAGGUCGAUAUUGCCGAGAUUCGGAGGAAGGCUAAGGAGGGCGGAGGAGCACAAGACGACCGUCCAACAAUCGUAAAAGGAGCAUACGAACCUGUCGGAAAGGUCGACAUUGCUGCUAUUCGCGCCAAAGCGCAAGGCCCAGGAGCUGCCUCAACGCCUUCGCGAGUAUCACCAGCUGCUACAGGGGGAUCGGCGCAAGACGAGGAAGCACCAAAGUCCCUGGCCGAGCGAUCCGCGGCAUUCAGUCAAUCCGAACGACUUGCUUCUCUACCGAAACCCAAAGUUGCCAACAAGUUUGGCUCGGGUGGUAGCACAUUCGCAGGCACAAAAGCUCCCACACCGGCUGCUCUUGGACCCAAGCCUACUACUGCAGCUCCGGUCGGUAUCGCAAGCCGCACAUUUGCGGAUGAAGGUGGCAAAACUCCUGCUCAAAUCUGGGCAGAGAAGAAGGCUCGCCAAGGAGGUGCACCACAACCUGUACAAGCACAACCGUCUGGCCUGUCUAGCCAAGCUAGCGGAGAUGGGGGAUGGAAGAGUGGCUACUCUGGAAAGUCAUGGGCUCCUGUUCAGACCACUCAUACUGGUACAGGGAGCAACAUCAGUGCGCAAAAGACUGGUCAAGAAGAACAAGAAGACGAGCCGGUACCUGCAGGUGGCGUCGGUGCCAUUCGUGACCGCUUCAAGGAUGCCGCCCCUAUCGGAAUGGGCGCUCCACCUCCUCCCAGGGGUGUCUCAGCGCCAUCACCUCCACAAAUGGAUAUGUCAAGCAAGCCUCAUGCCGGAGGACCGCGAGGCGUUCCAAUACCUGGCCUUCCUACACGUCCAGCAGCAGCUGAAGAAGACGACUAUCCGGACGAGCAAACGCAACAUAUUCCUCCACCGCCAGCCCAGCCUCGCAGCCCGUCUCCACCAACUCCGGACGAGAUGCGUUCUUCUUCACCAGUGCGGAUUGCUAUGCCCGUAGGACGAGGCGCUGCCCCUGAGCCCGCCGAGGAACCAGAACAGUCCUUACCUGCCGCCUCUUUGUCAAAGGUCGUAUCUGAAAGACAAGAAACCGAUGACGAGCCUCAAGCGGAAGACGACGAAGCAGCUCGCGGCGCUGCACAAACAAUGGGCGGCAGCUCUGCACCCGCGGCAACCGGUGGCCAGCGUGCACAGAUCCAGUACGAUUACGAGCCCGCAGAGGACAAUGAGAUUGAGCUGCGCGAGGGCGAUUUCGUGACCAACAUCGACAUGGUCGACGAUGACUGGUGGAUGGGCGUCAACAGCAAAGGAGAACAAGGCCUGUUCCCAAGCAACUAUGUCGAGCUCGUAGAGGACGAACAACCUGCCGCCCCUGCUCCUGCUCCUGCGCCUGCUGCUCGCGACGUACCUCCACCUCCACCGCCUGCUGCCGCGCCUGCUGCCUCGCAGGGUGCCACCGCCACUGCACAAUACGACUAUGAAGCCGCAGAAGACAACGAGCUCAGCUUCCCAGACGGUGCAACAAUCACCGGUGUCGAGUUCCCCGACGAUGACUGGUGGUUCGGCCAUUAUGGCGGUAAGGAAGGCUUGUUCCCUGCCAACUACGUACAGCUUGACCAGUAGAUUCAUUCAAAAAGAAGAAGAAGAAGAGGAG